UCUCCCCUUCAUCAAAGAUGCAAGAAGCUGAACGAUACCGAAAGGAGCUGACUGAUAAAGUUUUACAAAGCCUCUUUCCAGCCAGGCGCUCCGUUUCAUUGCCAAAUCAUUAUUUUGCUGUUCGGAACCCCUUCAACGUCAGUGCAACGCAAUACAGAUUCAACUUGACCCGCGGGGCACUAUACAUGGUUGGCACAUGGGCGCACAGGAGGAACUAUGAUAUAUGCAAAUUCAAACGUACGCCUUCACCAAGUGUGCAUUGCAUCCUUCCUGUCACGGGCUCUUUCGCCACUUACAGCUGCAAACUUUCGUAUGGAAAACCUGUCGUGCAAACAUUUAACAUCACUGCAGCUGUCACACCAUAUCCUCAAGAGUGGAAUAAUCCUGCUGACGUGUCGGGAUACUUCACCCUCUCGUCUCCACACGGGAAUAAAAUGGCACUGGAAGGAGUGCAUGUGACCGAGUUUAUGGUGGUAACAAAUUCUACUCCACCGUUCCAGUCCUUCGCAGUUUUUAAGGAAAACGAAACUCUUACCGAGAAGAUAUGGCACAACUUUACUGAAUAUGUAUUUCGAAAAUGCAAGCAAGACAUGCGAAAUGGGAUGAAGUGGCUGUAUCACAAAAGGUUUCAAGCAGCAGCGCGUGCCGUGGGAGCUAUUUCAGUGCGUGUACUGUGGUCCUGAAGGUCACUGAUGUUUCGUAUUAAAAGG